AUCGAGCACACUCUUGAAAAAAAUGAUUGAUUCGUGCGAAUUGGAUCACAAAGUGCUUUUGAAACAGAGAAGAUAACGUGGCUCUUAUCUCCGCUGUGCAUGGCCGGGUGUGGUUGAAUAAAAGUCGCUGGAGAGUGCAUUGGUGCUUUUGAAAGAUGUCGAACCUGUCGGCAACAGAGUUAUCUCGCCUUCAUCGGCAGCGCCGAUUAGAAUUGGGUAGCCAUAGGCCUACUCUGUUGAAGCGCAGAGUGAAGAAAACAACUAACACCAGUCCUGAUGCCACCAGUGUCACCGAAGAAGGCGUCAAGAGCCCCAGCAACGCAGAGGCGGUCUACUCCUUCGACGAUGAAUUGACAGCUGUAGAAUCUGUCGGCAAUGCUUCCAUUUUCAGCGCACCUGCUCGGCAAACGACGAUGUCUCCUUCUUUUUCGUCUCCCUCUGACGCUAAGCAGUGCAUUGAUUCGCCCCAGACACACGCGACAACUUCACCAGCAGCCGCCCCGGUCGUCACUCCUCCUCCUGAUUCCCCGACACGUCGUGUGGCCAAAGGCUUGCGAUCUGCAUCAGGCUCUCGCCAUGGUGGCUCCCCGACUACCCCUUUGGGCCCUUAUUUGGCCAAGCAGAACAACAGAUCAGGAACUCCCCAGCGUACUAAUGCUGUGACCCGUUCCAACAGUAGUCGAUCUUUGCCAAAAACUUUUGUCAUUACAGGAGAGCCAAAUGAAGCGUCUGACUCGGACAUGCCUCUGGAUGAGCUCAUGGCCAGCGGCCGAGGCAGCAAGAGCAGCAAAAGCCCUCUGCCCCCGCAAUUAACUUCUGCUUUGGAAGCAUCGCUGGUCCCGAUAAGCCCCUCUCCAGAUACCCCGACGAUGCCUCCCAGUCCGAGAGCUAUCCCAAGUCCUCAAAAUGUUGGUUCCCUAGCCAGAAUAGUUCAGGCACUACAAGAGCGCAAAGGAAAGCCAACCCAAAUGAAUUCCGAGGAACAAAGCCUCUGGAGUGCGAUCCAGUCUCUCAUAAAGACAAACUCAAGUACUUCCUACUGGGAGCAAAAAUUAGAACAACGAGAGGCGGAGUGGGCAUCACAACAGCAAGAACAUGACAAAGCAUUGUUGGCAAUACAACGGGUGCUGGCUGAUGUUACCACUGAGCGAGAGAAAACGGAAACCCAAUUGAAGGAGGAACUCGAACGCACGCAAGAACAACGAGAUGAAACCAUUUUAAAGCUAACUCAGAAACUGAGAGACAUGCAAAGAGAAAUGAACAUACAAAAGGCAGCAGCAGCAGCUGAUGCAUCAAGCGGCGAGAGAGAGACUGGUCAAUUUGAGAACCUCAAACAACAGCUGGAAGCAUUGCAAUCAAAGAAUGACUCCCUACAGGAAAAGCUAUUAGUAUUAGCAAAAGAAGGAGAAGUGCCUCCUGCCGACAAGGAGUUGCAGAAAGACAACGAAGAAAAAGAACAGCGAAUUGAAGAACUCGAACAAGAGUUGCAAUCACUACGAACACAAGGUCCGACCGAAACCAAUGACGAGGCAACUGAUGCCAACGAUAAUAGUAUUCAAGAGCAAUUGCAAGAGAAGACUGCGUCUUUGGAGAAUGCCAAGAUGAUCAUUGCUUCCUUGGAGAAUGCCAAUGGAUCGCUGGCUCGAGAGCUGAGAGCUAAACUCAAAGAAAAGGAAGAAGAGUUGGCCAGGCUCACCAAUACUUCCACCGACCGCGAACGGACUCUCGAUGGCCUCGUCUCAGAGUUGCGAGCAUUGAAGCGGCAAAAGCACAACCCCCGAUUGGCAAAGAAGCAACUUGCUAAUCAGCGGGAACUGUGUCUCAUGCUGGAGAAGAACGUCAGCGCCCUGCGACAAGCAGCAGUCCAGCACGAAGCUAGGAAUGAUAAAGCAUCCGUUGACCAGAUCUCUCAUAUUGUCAGCGAAACCUUCACAUCAUUGAAGCAAAACUUGGAGUCAUGGGCUUCCUACCUGAAGAAUGCAGAAACCGCCGAGCACGCUGAUGAGGGUGCCACCACCAGCAGCGGCGAACAGAACCUGGAACGUGCCUUGGCGAAGAAAGACGAUGAAACAAAGGUUCUCCGCAAAGAACUUGACAGGGUCAAAGCUGAGAGCAAGCUUGAGAACACCAAACUGCAUGAGGAGAUCAACAUCUUGAAGGAGCGCUUGGCAAACAAUAUGGAAAUACUGGCCAAGAAAGGACGAGAGUUAUCUGUUCUCAGGGACUCGUUACCUGUCGAAGACAACAGCGUUGGAUACAUUUCGGAUGAUGGCACAGAUGGUUAUGAUACUGAAGGAGAUCAACUUCCAGGUAGUGCCUCCAGCACGGAUCCAAGCAGAGAUGUCCCAACUACUGAUGCAUCGGCUGCUGAGAUCCAAGCUCUCAGGAAUGAAAUCAUGAAGUAUCAAAAGGACAGAGAUUCCAAAGCUACUGAGCUUCGGGCUGAGAAGGAGUCCUUGGCAAAUGCAAAGAUGAUCAUUUCCUCUUUGGAGAAGGCCAACAAGAGCAUGCUGGAAGACCUUAGAUCUCGUCUGCAAGACUCGAAUACUGCCAUUGCCUCGCUUCUCGACAAGAGCAUGGAGCACGAGAAGACAAUCUCUGCGCUCCGUCAAGACCUCAAGAAAGAACGGCAGGAACGUGAAAUGGAUGAGCGGAAGCUGCAAACGCAUAUUGCAAAGCUUCGCGAUGAAAAUCUAGUUUUCAGUGUCAGGCUUGCUGCCAAGGACCGAGAAUUGGAGGAGUUGCAGUCUCAACUCGGCGAAGAGGUACCAAUAAGCAAAUCAAGGCUGUCGUCUGUUGAAGAAAAGAAGGAUGACCCGGCCUCCGAUGAGGAAAAUUGACUCGGAAUCAAUUUAUUUUCGUUUGAUUGUGGUAGUAUAGAAGUGUGACUUGUAACAUUUAAAGUUGCAUCAACCUGCAUUUGCACUCCACACCGAAGUAUAAGAGCAAGUUUUUGAAGUAUCAUCUACGAAACAGGCAAGCAUGAUGCUGCAAUUUAUUAAACCGUAGACCGCUCCGGACGCAUACAGAACUCAAAGUUUGGCUACACCAGCCAGAGAUUGUGGACAAGAGGAGCUGGCUAGCUAGAGCUUAUCUAGCUGGAAUCGUUUGUCGUCAACGUUGUCGCACUGAAGCACAUGUACGGGGCUUUUCCAUAAAAAACAAUAUACUAUCUAGUGUUCACAUGACGUCUAACGAGAGCUGUCGAAUACUACUGUAAAUGGGGAAAAGCCAGAAAAGCAGACAAUCCAAGUCCCCUAACCCAAACUGCAAUCCUGCUGCCUUUCGUCUCCGUCGUCAGUUUGAAGUCUUCCCUUUCCUUCCGUGUACUGUAGCUAGUGAACGUACGGUACUCAGGCACUCCCCUUUUCGCACUUGUUAGAUAGAUGCAGCAUUCGGGCGGCACUGGCCUCUUUGAGGAAGGGAUGCUGCAAGCAGUCGCCCACCGUGGCGCGCUUUGUCGGGUCCGGGUUGAGCACCGUUCUCAAAAGAGACAUGAGCGAGUCGCACACCCCACCAAGACUAUCCAGGGGAACAUCCGAAUUUGCAAUUUUUUCAAUCAAAUCAAUC